AUGGAGGUGCGCACUCCGCCCGCUGUAGGAUUCUUUCUCGACCAUGACUACGUUUCCCAUACCCUCAGGCAUAUCCGUAUCCUGAAGCACAUCGAAGCACCCGACCGAGCUAAGCUCAAUAGCACAAGGCCUCAUCAAAGGCGUAGCAAUCUUACGUUGAAGACCCGACAACGAUUCCAAAAUCUUAAGCAAAAACUGGCCAAAAUCACAACAAAACUAGACCAGCUCGAGAAAGUUCUUCAGCAGUACUUGGAGGAUUUCACGACUUACCGUCACCGAAUCGUCUUGGAACUGCUAGAAACAAAGUUUGCCCGAGAACUUCGCGAUGAAGUAUACGGCUACAUGGUCGGCGAUCAAAUGGCGAUCAGUAUCAAUCUUCAUGACCUUGUGGCGUCUGCCUCGCCAGCAUUCGCCAUUCCCGGUCACACGAGCGCGAGUCGUUCGAAGCACUUCCAGACGUCACUCGAACGCAAUGGCUACGGCCACUUACUCGAAGCGAGGGCAAUACUCAAGGACACGAUGCUGGAGCUAGCUCAUGCAUGGUACAGGCUCUCCACGUUUCGCUUCAUGCAAGCCCACCACGUCAAUCUGUUUCUUGAGACCGAUUUUCAUGGCUUCGGCCUCGAUACGCAGAAGCUGAUCCGGAGUAUUGAGGGUAAACUAUUCACCCCUGUCAACUCGUCAGCAGAUUGCGUCAAACUAGCUAAAGACUUGGCCGAACUUCACACGCUCAAGACUGGUGCCAACAUCUUGUUGAGCUUCCAGGCCUUGCCGACAGUGAUGAGGGAAGUAGCAGAUUCCAGCGCAGCAGUCCCGCCUCGCGAUCUUGCACUUCUUUUUCCAGGCAUCCAGAAGUUGAUUACAGCCGAAUACCGCGUCACGGUGAAGCUGGGCUACCACUUGAAGUUCAAGGUUGUGAGCGAGGAGCUGACGGAAGAGUGUUGGAAGGAGACAAUUGAGAAGCAUUACAAAGCAAUGCUUGCGAAACGCGCCCGCCGUGAACGAGCGGCCAGUGAUGAUUCUGAUUCGUCUGAAGAAUUUGUUGAGUAA